UCACACCCCAUGUGAUGGUUUAAAAACCAACAUACUCGACCCUUGAGGUUGUUCAUGUGAAGAAGCUUUCGUGGUGUCAACUGGACUGCACUUCUGAGUGAUACAGUGACUUGGCCAAGGCAGACAAGAUGCAGUCGGAAAACAAAGAUGUCUAUGACCUCCUCUGGGACAACAAUAUGGAUAUUGCUGAGCAGACAUUGGAAGUGCCAUUUCUACAGCACAUGCAGCUUGGAGACCUCCAGGCUGACGACUAUGUGAGCUUCACCAUCCAGGAUAUCAAUUACCUUGUGAGAGUAACAGGCAUGUUGGGGGAGAUGUGUGAGAAAGAAAAGCUACCUGAGGACCUCCGCAGGUUCAUGAAGGAGAGAUAUGACAGCUAUAAGAACUAUGCUGUUGCUACACUACAGCAAUUCAAUCUAAAUAGUGUGUCGGAUAUUAAACCAACCCCUGCCAUGGAGAAGUACCUGUCAAAUUACAGCAAUAUCAUGGAGGGAGAAGAAGCCAUUUACUUUGCCGUCGCUCUCCUUCCCUGCUCAGUGCUGUGGCUGUGGCUGGCCAAACAGCUGAAAGAAACCACUUGCAACGCGUACUUCACCUGGAAGAAGAACAACAUGCACGGCCACCCAGAAGACCACUACAGGGCCCUCCUCGACAAGUAUCUGAGCACUAAAGAGCAGAUUGCAAAGGCUGACACCAUAUUCUGUCAACAAAUGCAGAAUGAGCAUGAUUUCUUUGCAUCUUCACUCAUAGAGAAGAAAUAAAAUGACAGUGUAUGUCACCUGUCACACCAUCAAGUUCAAGUUCAAGUAAUUUGUCACACAUGUAGUAGGCCUAUGUAAUAACAGUGAAAUAAAGGUUGCAAUACAUGUAUAAA